AUGUCUGACGUGGACCAGAAAGACACAGAGUCUCUCCGUAUGAAGCUUCAGCAGCACCAAGUGGAAGAUGAAGAUCUUCCAACCAGCAGCUCAGCUGACCAGAUUAAUGCAGCAACUGUUGUAGAGGACUGUGGAGGAGCAGGAACUACCAGCAACCCAGAUGUAAAUACUCAUGAAGAUGAUUCGAGCUCUUCAGAGACUGAAGUCAGUGAGGAUGAUGAUGAUGUGAAUUAUCCUAAUUCUCAGCUGAAAGACUCAUCAGAUUCUGGAUCAGAACCUGAAGACAUUGACAAUGACUGGAAGGAGAGCAGGGCUCCUGAGUCAGGUGUAAACACUGUCAACAAAUCUUGCAGCUGCUCUGAGUGUGAGAAACAAUUUCUCCACAAGGAGUCUGUCCAGAGAAACAAGACAGGUUAUUCAAUAAUAAAGUGCUCAAGUUGUUUGGUCAAUAUGAAAUGUUUUAGAGGGAAGGAAAUUGGAGACUCAAACAAAAACAUCCAGCCAAGUCAAAAAUCUUUUAGUUGUGAUGACUGUGGAAAAAGAUUUAACAGAAAACGUAAUUUAAACAGACACGUAAGAAUCCACACUGGACAGAAACCAUUUGCUUGUGAUGUUUGUGGACAAAGGUUUGGACGAAAGUCAAAUUUAAUAGAACACAUGAGAAUCCACACAGGACAGAAACCAUUUGCUUGUUGUGUUUGUGGACAAAGUUUUGGACGAAAAUCAACUUUAAACACACACAUGAGAAUCCACACAGGAGAGAAACCAUUUGCUUGUGGUGUUUGUGGACAAGAGUUUAGAGAUGAGUCUUAUUUAAACAAACACAUGAGAAUCCACACAGGAGAGAAACCAUUUUCUUGUGAUUUUUGUGACCAAAAGUUUACAAACAAGUCAGCUUUAAAUACGCACAUGAGAAUCCAUACAGGACAGAAACCAUUUGCUUGUGAUGUUUGUGGACAAAGUUUUCGCUAUAAGUCAACUUUAAAUGCACAUAUAAGAAUCCACACAGGAGAGAAACCAUUUGUUUGUGAUUUUUGUGGACAAAAGUUUAGACAAAAGUCACAUUUAAACAGACACCUGAGAAUUCACACUGGAGGAGAAAACAGUUCAGUUCUAAAUAUUAAGACAGUUUUUAAAAACACUUGA